AACGAGGGACACAUCUGUUCAUGGAAAGAGGGAGUUGGAGUAAAGAAGAGACAGCAGAGAGCAGAGGCACCGUGAAGGGAGAAGAGUGUGACCAAAGCAGUUUUGAAGACCUACAUGUACAUCACCUCCAAAAAUGAGGACCUCAAGGCUUAAGUCUCGGAACUGAGGACAUAUUUAGCAAUCUCUGCGCUGGACCCUCGCUCUGCUUCGAACCACCACACGCUUGUUUAGGAGGGACUAUGUGUGCGGGAUGAGGGUCCACUUGUGGAGCGUCCUUGUCCUGUGUGUGUGUGAGCCUGUGUGUGCCGCGUCCCUCGCCGCUGCCACCACCGCCACCACCACCACCACCCUGCCACUGCCAUCCUCGUCUGGAGGCACCUCUCAUCAGCCAUCAGCCACGCCAACUGAGGACGAGAGCACUCAGUUAGUGGAUUGGCUGUCAAAGUAUGGAUACCUCCCACCUUCGGACACCUCUACUGGUCAGCUCCAGACAUGGUCAGCUGUCACUCAGGCUGUGAAGGCCAUGCAGAAAUAUGCUGGUCUGGAAGAGACAGGGAUUGCUGAUGACGAAACUGUCCGCCUGAUGCACACCCCUCGGUGCUCCCUUCCUGAUGAGGACAGGACAGCCAAUCAGCCCGCAGGCAUCCAUGUUAAGGGGCGUGGCCACAGGAUGAAGAGGGCAGCGGUCUCCUGGGCACGGCGCAAUAUCAACUGGAGGUUGAGCUCAUACCCCAGCUCCUCUGCUCUGUCCCAUGAAACAAUCCGCUCCCUGGUGUUCUACGCCCUAAGGGUUUGGGCGGAACCAACCACUCUGGAGUUCCAUGAGGUAGGAGGUCCCGAGGCAGCAGAUCUUCAGGUGGACUUCCUUCAUGGUCCCCAUGGUGACGGGUACCCUUUCGAUGGGACAGGGGGUGCUGUGGGCCACGCCUUUUAUCCGUCUGACCCCGACAGGGCCGGAGGAGUGCACCUGGACGCAGAGGAGGAGUGGGCUUUCAGGCAGCCAGCUUCAGAAGGCACAGACCUGUUCACCGUGCUGAUUCAUGAACUGGGGCAUGCACUGGGCAUGUCCCACUCCUCAGCGCGUCGCUCUGUCAUGAGGCCCUACUACCAGGGGCCCCUGGGGGACCCACUACACUUCAGACUGGGAGCCCCGGACCUGGAGCAGAUCACUUCCCUCUAUGGGAAGAGGAGUAAUGACCUACCACCAGAUGACACCAAUGAGGCACGAGAACCUUUGCUGAGACAUCCAAGCAAACACACACACAACCACCACCACAGACACACACAUGGACACUGGCAUAGCCAUGAUGACAUUGAUCGCUGUAACACAAGUUUUGAUGCAGUGGCAAAGAUUCGAGGAGAAUUUUUUUUUUUCAAAGGUCUAAGCAUGUGGAGGGUGAGUCGUGGGGGUCUGGUGUCGGGCAGGGCCGUGUCAGUGCGGCGGCUAUGGGGGGCUCUCCCUCCCACCCUCACCUCGGUCAGCGCUGUGCUGGAGAGACACUCAGACCACAGCAUUGUCUUCAUCAGUGACUCACAGGUCUGGCUCUUCAAGGAGCUCUCCCUGCAGGAAGGCUACCCUCGGCCCGCAUCCGAUCUCACCUCAUCAGGAGAGGGCUCCUCCGCCGGGAGGCAGGGGCUGCUGUGGCACCAGAAGGAAGGAGCUGUGUGGGGGGACAUGCCAGGAGAGAUAGAACAGGACACAGGAAGAGAGGGAGGAGAGGAGGAGGAGAGUGAGACGUGGAGAGAGCUGAUCCGAGGAGGGGUGAAUGGAAUUAUCACAGAAGACGACGGAUCUACGUACCUCUUCAAAGAAAGCUCCUAUUGGAAGUUCACCUACCCAGGCUCCGCCCCUGAGGUGGGUUAUCCACGCUCUCUGGCCACUGAUUGGCUGGACUGCCCUGCUCCGUCCUCAACACUCCACAACCAGGACGACCUCUCCCUGACCCUGCCCGGCGACCGGCAGGAGUUCCGUGAGCGGCAUGAGGAACGUGGGGCCUCUGUGGAGGAGGUGGACAAUAGAGACAGCGCUGAUCAGAUCCGACUGAGGGGCAGACACAGACACAAGGGCAGCCACUCGGACAGAGACUUAACCAGAGACAGCCCGCUCUACUGGACCUGUCCUUGCUUGAACAGGGCAUCAGGGCGCGCUGCAACACUGCAAAUGAUGAUCCAGAACCUCCUCUGGGUGCUAUGCGUUGUCACUCUCGUCUAGUGAUGGCCAGGCUGACCUUAAUGUAUUUAUGGGAGAGUGACGCCUUGUGUAAUUUUCCGUAUCUCUCUCUGGUUUCACACAAAUGUUCAGAAACACAUGAAAUAUUUGCAUUUUUCCACUCCCCCCCCACCACCCAACCAUUAGAACCAUGAAAUAAUUUCUCGAGUUUAUAUCAAUAUUUAUUUAUAAGUAAGCCCUGGAUUUACUGUAAACAUAUACACAUGUCUCAUGUAAAUAAAAAAAAAUCUCUUUAA